GGGUGGGACUGACGGGCCAGUUUGCUGCGCGGCUGCAGGAUACCCCUGCGCUGACUGCCCGCCGCACGCGCCUGCCCGCGCUAAUGCGGCCGACCCGGCACCACCAUGUAAGGAGCACCUGCAGGUGGAUGCUGGCUUCUCCGCCCGGGACCCCUGCCCCCAGGGCCCCUCGAUGACCUCAGGACACACCAUGCUGACCGGGGUGACAGAUGGUUUCCUCUGCUGCCUGCUGGGGAUGCCCCCCAACGCUGUGCGGCCGCUGGAGAGCGUCGAGUCCAGCGAUGGCUACACCUUCGUGGAGGUCAAGCCAGGCCGGGUGCUGCGAGUGAAGCACGCUGGCCCUGCGCCGAACCCCACACCUCCGCCUCCUCCUGAAGACCAUCCCGGGGUCAAGACCGGCCUCGUGCGCUGCCAGCGCCGCAUCACGGUGUACCGUAACGGGAGGCUGGUGGUGGAAAACCUGGGCCGAGCAGCUCGCGCUGACCUGCAAGGCCGCAGCGGCUCCGGGGACCCACCCGCUGCGCUCGAGGUGGAGCUGGCCGAGCCCGCAGGGGAUGAUGCCCGGGCCACCCCCGGCAGCGGGCGGCGGCGACGCCCCCGGCGUCCUAAGAGGACCAUCCACAUCGACUGCGAGCAGCGCAUCACCAGCUGCAAGGGUGCGCAGGCUGAUGUGGUGCUGUUCUUCAUCCAUGGUGUGGGAGGCUCUCUGGCCAUCUGGAAGGCGCAGUUGGACUUUUUUGUGCGACUGGGCUAUGAGGUGGUGGCUCCUGACCUGGCAGGGCACGGAGCCAGCUCUGCACCGCAGGUGGCAGCUGCCUACACCUUUUAUGCACUGGCAGAGGAUAUGCGGGCCAUCUUCACGCGCUAUGCCAAGAAGCGCAACGUGCUCAUUGGCCAUUCUUACGGCGUCUCCUUCUGUACCUUCCUGGCCCAUGAGUACCCGGAUCUUGUGCACAAAGUGGUCAUGAUCAAUGGUGGAGGCCCCACAGCGCUGGAGCCCAGCCUCUGCUCCAUCUUCACCAUGCCUACGUGUGUCCUGCACUGCCUGUCGCCCUGUCUGGCCUGGAGUUUCCUCAAGGCUGGCUUUGCCCGUCAAGGGGCCAAAGAAAAGCAGCUGCUAAAGGAGGGCAACGCGUUCAAUGUGUCCUCCUUCGUGCUGCGGGCCAUGAUGAGCGGCCAGUAUUGGCCUGAAGGUGACGAGGUUUACCACGCGGAGCUGACGGUGCCUGUGCUGCUGGUCCAUGGCAUGCACGACAAGUUUGUGCCGGUGGAGGAGGACCAACGCAUGGCUGAGAUCUUGCUGCUGGCCUUUCUCAAGCUCAUCGAGGAAGGCAGCCAUAUGGUGAUGCUGGAGUGUCCUGAGACUGUCAACACCCUGCUGCACGAGUUCCUGCUGUGGGAGCCAGAACCCGAGGCCGAACCGAAGCUGCAGCCAGAGCCGCUGCAGCCGGAGCCGGCUCCAGCGGAGGAGGAGGAGAAGUGAGCUGCGACAGCCAGCCUCCUGGAUUCCUGGAUUCCAAGUAGUUGAGGCUCCCUUAGACUCAGCAUAUGCUAGAUGGGCGGGGCCUGGGUAGACCACGCCCCCAAGGCGGGCCAGACACAGCCAGCGUUGGGGACUCAGUGCCCAGGGCAGCCACUGAGUCCUCUCCACAGAGAGUAUAGGGCAUGACUUUGUCCAGAGCCCGCUCCCCGCCUCCCCGAGUCCCUGAAACUGCAGUAGGCGGCCUGCCAUCCGGCUCCGUCUUCUCCGCUGUGCUCCACUCUGCGCCCACUGGGGAGCUCCAAGGCGAACACUGGGGAGGGGCUCCUAUCCGGUCCAGGUAGACCCUGCUACCCCGCCCUCAUUGCUUGGGAUGGGGAACUGAGCACCCAAGGAGGGAGGGGCCAGAGCCACAAAUCCCCGUAAUGGCAACUUGUAACUCAAUAAAAAAGUGACAAUCCAAA